AUGGAAUUUACUUGUGGAACAGUUGAGGAAUUUCCAGAACCGAAUGAGAAAAUGCCACAAAUUGCAUUUGCUGGAAGAAGUAAUGUUGGAAAAUCGAGUUUAUUGAAUUCUAUUGUGGAUUCUGAUAGAUUGGCUAGAGUGUCAUCGACGCCAGGUCACACGAAACGUAUUAAUUAUUUCAAUAUGCAUGACAUGCUCUAUGUUGUGGAUUUACCUGGAUAUGGAUACGCUGAAGGAAAUAAGGAAAAAAUCAAGGGUUGGAAUACAGUACUGAGACAAUACUGCACAGAAAAUACAGUAUUGAGAAGAGUUUUCAUAUUAUUGGAUGCAAGAUAUGGUAUUUAUGAACAGGAUUGUGAAUUUAUGGACAUGUUGGAGGAAUCAGGAGUUCCCUAUCAAAUAAUUCUCACCAAGUGUGAUAAAGUA